AUGGCUUGGCUCCAAUUUACCGUCUUUCUAGCCGUUGCGGGGCUCAAUGCGGCGGAUACUUUCUGCGAAAGCCACAAAGAGGUGAGAUUUUAUAUUGUACUUGAGGUCGGAUUGAAAUUUAGGAGAAUUGAUGGUUUUUGGGUGAAGAAUGGGGAAUAAGUUUGAUUAGAACGUUGUAGGGGCCGUGUUAUGUCUUUACUUAAAAGAUUGCGGUAGAGAUUGACGGUUUGUUGAGAAAAUUAUAUUGCACUUGACCUCAGAUGGGGAUUGAGUAAGAACGAUGCAAUAAGAAGGAGAUAGUUGUUUCCUUUUGGGUUGAAAUCGAAGAUUAGUAUAUCUUCUUACUUUUUAAGUGUAUUUCUUUCCUUUAGCGUGCCGCUUUCGUGUUUCAGGACCAUUUUUUGUUAUAGUAGGUAUCAGGCCCGAGAAAGAUCGAAAAUUUGUGGGAUUUUUGGUUUGAAAAUUUUGUAAAAUUUACUCUUCGAUCUCUAAAGAGAAUGUUAGAACAUAGGGUUACGUUUUUAUUGUUCAAACGGUAAUUUAAUUAAUGGUUUAGGUAUCAAGUGUAAUAUUGUUUUUAUCACCUUUGACAUAAUGUAUUAAAUGAAAGUUUUGCGUAUUUCCAGGUCCAUCCCACCUCAGUUCGCACAAACAACCAAAAAUUCCCGAUGUUUUUGUCGCAUGGUCCCACCAGAACGUACACUUCCGAAGUCCUCGAGUUCAACUGGAGAUGGUUUUCGGAACUCAAGCUGGGCAGUCAAGACGUCUUCUCCUUGCUCUCAGCCAUUGACUCUUGCACCAAUAUUGUCUGGGGAGACACUGUUCUGCUGCUGUUGUCCCGAACCACCUCCAUGGAACAUCUGAUUGGUCGGACUACUAUAAUAUCCGAUUGCGAGGCGGGAAGGGUAAGUUUUUUUAGGAUUUUUUGUUGGCUUUUAGGUACUACAGAUGCGAUAUGAGCUACAUAGUGUUAUGGCGGAAAUUUACGGUGUUUGGAUUAGUGUUCUUUUUCAGAUUUUCGAAUUUUGCGUCAACUUCCUUGGUGAUGGGAAAUGCGACCGAAAGGACAAUUGCACAGUAGUCAAUGCGGGCAAACGGUGAGUUAUAGACGCUAUAUGAUGUCAGGAAGGGUUGAGCAAGUUAUGGGGCGAAUGUUGGCUUGGAUUUGAUUAUUCUCGAUUAUAUUCACCAUGGCAGUUUGAGCUCCGAAAAUAUCAAAAUUUCUCCAGAUUUAUGGGCCAAAGAUACUUAUAAUAGGGAGUCUGGUGUUUUAAAUCAGUUUUAGCAUACUUUACUUUCAUUUUCAGACCCGGUUCCCUCGAAAUUGGCUCUGUUGAGAUUUGCUCCAAGGACCUCGACGAAUUUUUUGAUCGUUCCACCUACAAUCGGACCUUUGAUCUCCUCGAAAUGGGCGUUGUUGUGGACCGAACCGCCAAUCGACCUCAUUUGGUAUGAAUUUUUAUAUUAUACUUGUAAUUUUAGGUACCAUUACAUCCAAAAUAAUCUUUUUCUUGACUUCAGAUCGACUUGACGGGCCGUGGAAAGGCCGAUUUUUGCUCCCACCGCCUCUCCCCACCCGAUAUUACGGUGGACGAAUGGAGAUCGGCGGCUCUUCUCCAGGCCGCAUGGCCAUUGUUGAGACGCUUCGAAUUGCCUGAAAACAAAGAGGACUUUUUGCAAUUCCGUCCGAACAGAAACAGCGCCAAAGCUGCGGUUGAGGUGUGUAUUUGAAAUUGAUUUUUAUCUUUUUAUUUUUUUAGAAAUUUAUUUUUUUGGAUUACUGUACACGGCCAAAAAAAUCCUACAGCUGUAGGAUUUUUUUGGAGGUUUAAAAUUUUGAUUAAUUUUGGCAUUUUCCAUUUUUCGCGGAGACUUUAUAAGGGGUAAAAAACAUUAGGGCAAAGUAAAAUCUAGGUUUUAAUCAAAGGCUCGGGCGCAGCUUGGGAAAAAUAUUUUUUUUAAUAUACGCUGGGAGUAAAAGUUUGGUCAAUUUUGUUUAAACGAGGACUUCAGAAGGAUUGAAAAACCCUAUUAUUAGCUAGAAAGCGGGUUCCAAGUCAAAGCUCGGGCGCAGGUUGGGAAAAAUAUUUUUUUUGUGGUAGGCCGGAGAAUGAAAAUUUGGUCCAUUUUGCUUUGAGCGAAGACUUCAGAAGGAAUGAAAACCCGUGUUUUAGCAAAAAAAGGAGUGAAAAGUAAAAGCUCGGGCGCAGGUUGGAAAAAAUAUAUUUUUGUAUUACGCCGCAGAAUGAAAGUUUGGUCGUUUCUUGUUUGAAUCAGGACUUCAGAAGGAAUGAAAACCCGUAUUUUUUUAAAAAAAAGGAGUUAAAAGUAAAAGCUCGGGCGCAGGUUGGGAAAAAUAUUUUUUUGUGGUAGGCCGGAGAAUGAAAUUUUGGUUGAUUCUUCUUUGAAUCAGGACUUCAGAAGGAAUUAAAAACACGAAUAUUAGCUAGAAAAGGGGUUUCAAGUGAAAGCUCGGGCGCAGGUUGGAAAAAUAUAUUUUUUGUAUUACCCCGGAGAGUGAAAGUUUGAUCGAUUUUUGUUUGAAUCAGGACUUCAGAAGGCAUGGAAAAUAUUAAUUUUAGCUAGAAAGUGGGUUUCAAGUCAAAACUCGGGCGCAGCUUGGAAAAAAAAAUAUUUUUUAUAAUAUGCCGGAGAGUGAAAGUUUGGUCCAUUUUUGUCUGGACAACGGCUUGAGAAGUUAUUAAAAGCAUUAGUAUAAGUUAAAAAAUAGGUUUCAAGUCAAAGCUCGGGCGCAGCUUGGAAAAAAAUAUUUUUUGUAUUACGCCGCAGAGUGAAAGUUUGGUCUAUUCUUUCUUGAAUCAGGACUUUAGAAGGCAUGGAAAAUAUUAAUUUUAGCUAGCAAGUGGGUUUCAAGUCAAAGCUCGGGCGCAGCUUGGAAAAAAAUAUUUUUUAUAAUACGCCGGAGAGUGAAAGUUUGGUCCAUUUUUGUCUGGACAACGGCUUGAGAAGUAAUUAAAAACAUUAGCAUAAGUUAAAAAUGGGUUUCAAGUCAAAGCUCGGGCGCAGCUUGGAAAAAAAAUUAUUUUUUUAAUACGCCGGAGAGUGAAAGUUUGGUCGAUUCUUGCUUGAAUCAGGACUUCAGAAGGCAUGGAAAAUAUUAAUUUUAGCUAGAAAGUGGGUUUCAAGUCAAAGCUCGGGCGCAGCUUGGAAAAAAAAAUAUUUUUUUUAUACGCCGGAGAGUCAAAGUUUGGUCCAUUUUUGUCUGGACAACGGCUUGAGAAGUUAUUAAAAGCAUUAGUAUAAGUUAGAAAAUGGGUUUCAAGUCAAAGCUCGGGCGCAGCUUGGAAAAAAUAUUUUUUUUUGUGGUAUGCUGGAAAAGAAAAUCUUAUCACUAAAUUCUUUUCUUUGCCCAUUUCUCUUUUAAAACUUUUAUUUUCAGCAGACUUCCUACGUCUGUGAGUACAUUAUCAAUGGAAUUUACACCCACCCGACCUGCGAUUGGAACGGCUCCACUGAUUUGUCGGUCCUCCGCCGCCAACUCCACACCGAAAAUUGGUUCGCCAAACAGUUGAAUCGGACCCUGUUUCGACUGGAACGCCGCGCCGUCAUGCCCAUGAUCACCGCCGAGCAAAUCGAAGAAUACCAAAGGGAAUUCCAGGCCUCGGAAGCCAUGAAUCGCCUCGUAAUUGGAUCAAUGGUGUCCUACGCAGUGAUUGCACUCUGCAUUGCGGUGCAUUUGUUCCUGCCAUAG